CAGGAGGCAGUGGCUUGUUCAAAAAACCUUAAAAUCCUCUUUUGCUGCUUUUCCACCAGAUUUGGCAUUUUAUUGCCAGAUUUGGUUGUUGAGUUUUUAUUAUUUGUAUAUUUAACAACUUUUAUUAAUUUUUUCGCACUGAAAUACACUUGAAUACAAAAAACUACAAAAUAAAAAAUUACUUAAUUAAAACCACUGCAGAACUACAAAACACAAAACAUCCAUACACUUCUUAGAUUACAGGGAAGGCUUCUAGAAUCUUAGGAUUUGAUGAAAGGAAAGGUAGGUGGGUUGUGAAGCAAGAUUUUCAUGGGAAUUUUUUGGGUCUCAAAGUUACAUGCACAUGUUUGUUUUCCUCUGGCGUCCUUAACCAAAUGGUGCUCAUUUUGGUAUGUUUGCAAGACCUGCUCACCCUGCACAAGUUAGAUGACAAAGAUGUCCUUGCCCCUUAAACUGAUGACGUAACAAGUGGUAGAAGAGACGUGGAUCCACAUGGGUGGUUAUGGGCGGUUUAAGGGCAGAUGUGGGUAUAGAAGGGCAUAAGAAGGGUCUCACAAAACAGUCUGCCCUUUCUGCUCUCAACAUAGACAGUGUAACUGAAGAGAGUUAAUUUAUGAAGGGUAAACACCACAGGCCUUAAGUCACCCAUUUUUUAACCAUUUCAGAUUAUUAUUUGCUUGGCCCCUUUGUUCUUGCUGUUAUAAACAUAUCAUUUAUUUUUUUGUAAUUUUAUCUGUUUUACUGUAAUAUUUCUGCAGGUCAAAAUAAUGCAGCAAUGGCAUCAGUUCUUCUAAGUGCCCUUGGGGCUUUGACUGGGCAAGACAUGUGGGAAGCUGCACAAAGUUGUCAUGAAAUGUUUGAUAGGGGAGGCUACUUUUACAACAAAGUUUGGCAUGAUCUUGGUCCACUCAAACCAAACCAGCAUUGUACUCUGCCAUUCUUUCCUAACAAGGUCUGUAAAAAGUGAUGACUUUUUUCUUUAAGCUACAGUAAAAGGGGUGGAAGCGUGAGUGGCUUAGUGGUUAACACCUCAAACUCUGGAUCUGGAGGUCCGAGGUUCAAGUCUCACCCGUUGCGUUGUUUCCUUAGACAAGGAACUUUACACCACUUUGUCUCUCUUCAACCAGGUGUAUAAAUGGGUACUGCUGAGGGUAACCCUGUGAUGGACUAACAUCCCAUACAGGGGGGAGUAGCAAUACUUCUAGGUGCUUCAUGCUAAUGAAACAGGGAUAAGCUCUGGCCGUUCGGACCUUUGACCCGUGUGCGCCUUUACCUUUUUACCUUUACAGUAAAACGGGGCAACAAAUAUGUGCAACUUGUUUUGCAACUUUGACUGCAAAAUGUUGUGUUCAAACCUGUUUGACUGAAAAAUCCAUUUGGGUAUAUGAAAUAAUAGAUGUUGUCUAUUGGUCAUGUUUACAAGUUAAAAUGAUAUAAUAGUAGCUGGUACUAGAGACAUGAUUUCAAUGUUAGUUACAGGAUGUUAAGAUGUGAAAUUGUUAAUGUUAGGCUUUAGAGAGACCUUGUGAUACAUUUAGACAUUAAAGCAAGGCAGAUUUCUCAUUCCUGAAAGACCCAUUUUGAAAGGAAACAAGACAAACAUUUAUUGUAAUCUUGAAAAUCUCGUACUCUAGCUUCAUUGGGUAUACAUUGCUCGUAUGGGUUGCCUGUGCUUCUUAACUGCUACCAAUUUUGCACCAUGAUUGUGAAAUUCAAUGACUGUGGCAUUUCUUCGGUAGAUUUUCGUAAGAAUAGCACUUGUUCACAUGUAUAUAUACAAAAUAACAAUGGGUUGUUACAUAACUGUAGGGCCAUCACCUUUUUCUUCUGUUUGCCUUUCAUUUGCCGAACAAAAUGGGGAAGGUGUGUUUUAACUUGUUUGUCUACCAUCCAAAACUUAAUAUUUGAAUUAUUUCUCUGCCAUAGGUUUAGGAUGUCUAGGGUAAACUGCUGCUUACGUGUAUAAACCCUCCACACCUGGUUAUAAGGCUCCCUGGUUAUAAGUCUCCUCUAGCUUCUCUUUCCUUGAAUUAGACUUAUUAUAACGUUUUGGACCUUAAUUAAAAACCAGUAAAUUUGCUGCUAUAGCUUGUUUCCAAGUGCAUUUUCAGGUAUUUUUUAUUCCGGUUAUUAUAGCUCCCUUGGAUAUAUGCCCCUCCGUUCAUAAGCCCUGCUGAAGAUAAGCCCAGGGCUUAUAAACAGCAGUUUACGAUAGUUUGAAAGUUUGUCACUUGGUAUGCUGCACAAUAAGGCAGGAAGUAAUGGCUUAACCCGACUAAGGCUUUUUCAUGGUUUUCUUCUUCAGGUGUUUGCAUACAAUGCCGAAAAAGAUCGCUUAGACUUGUGUCUUGGUCAGAGACACAUCCAAGUUCAACCACUGGACAAAGAAACAUUACAGCUAGCUCACUCUCGGCCAACUCAGGUGCCCGCAGAUGAACGGUCUAGUGGUCUAUCAAGUGAAGCUAGCUUCAGUGGUGCCAUUGGUCACAGGGUAACAUCACAUUCUCGCAUUGCUUUUUCAGGCGAGGGACGAACUCUUUCUAAUGUCCAGCCUCCUGGAACUGGUUCUGCUGAGGUACAUGUACUUUAUUGUAACGUAAGAUUUCUUGCCUGGUGAUUUUAAAAUUGCUAUUUACUGUAAACGAAUGCUCAGAAUGACUGGGGGGAGAUAACUUCUUGUUAUCAGGGCUGUCAUCAAGGGGCCAGGGCCCACAGUUAAACAAUAACACUGAUAAAGACAGCUGCUGAUAUUCAUAUUGAUAAAAGUGUUUGAUUUGUAUUUCUCAAUCUUACAAGGCCAUCAAGUUUUCCACACCCUUGCCACAACCACUCACUUCCAAAUGUCGCUUAUACGCCCCCACCCCCUCCCUAUAAACCCCCUCCCUCCCAGUUAUAAAAUGUAGCCUCAUCUACUUCUAAACAACAACAACAACAACUACUUUCGAUUAUAAGUCCCCCGGAUUAAAUUGAAUUCGAUUUAUUAUGACAUUUUCAAGCUUAAUUUAACACCCGUAAAUGCAAGACGCAUUUUGAUCAGCACUGCUACAGCUUGUUCUGAAGCACUUGUUCUAUUCCAGUCAGUAGUCCCCUCGGAUAUAAGUUCCUCUGUUUAUAAGCCCACCUAAGACCCCUUACGGAGGCCCAGGGUUUAUAAGGGGCCAUUCACGGUAUGGGAGAUUUUCAAGCCCUGAGCUGCUUUUUGUUACCUGUGAAACAAGGUACGGCUUCAGUGAUCAUGGCUGAGUAGAAUCAUUACAAAUUUACUCUUCAUCUAUUUAAUUGUUAGUCUCUCUCGUCUGGAAUCCAGUUGGCUGGUCCCAGGACCUCUGAAAUAGAAAAUGGCAAUUCUGUGUCCCUUAGCAGUAAAGAAGGACUUGCAAAAGAUCAAGGUCAAACAAGUUCUUCAGAAUCAGUGGUCGCUAAAGAAGGCAGCGUACAGGUAAAGGAGAAUAUCCAACAAAUGCUUGUUGAAAGCCAAGAAGUAGUUGCUUCUGUGCCCAAAGUUCAGGGUGGUGAACCUGUGCCUGAAGUGGUGACUGAGAGUGGUAUUCCUGUGACACGGCCAGUUGCGCAAAUAGAUGAUAGUCAGUCAGAAGUGAAGCAGACUGUACAAUCUGGAGGAGGUCAAAGUAUUGCAACCGAAGCAGCUACUGAGAUGGCAGCAGAAAAUGAGAAUAUGGAUGUAAAAAUAGAGGAGAACGUCCAAGAACCUUUUGUUGGCAGUCCUGUACCUAUGGUGGAAGAGCCGACCACAGACACAUCAGCAGAAAUGACAUCAAAGCCUGUGGUAUGUGAAGGCGCUGACACAGGACUGGCGAUUGAGAGUUCAAUGGGAAUUGAGAACGUGGAAACACAUCAGGAUAAGGCAAAAUGUGAUGUGACUGAUGAUAAUUCAACAAAAGUCACAGAACAAGGAGAAAAAGGAGAGGACCAUUCAAAUGAUUCCAAAGAAUGUAUUUCCAUGAUGGAAACUGAUCAGAUUGGUACAAAGGAAGGUUACAUGACUCAGGAAGUCACACCGGGUACGCUUGGUAGCCACACCCCCGGAGAUAGUGCAAACGAUUAUAAUAAAAAGGAACCUAUCGUAGACCUUGCAUCUGUUUCCAUGGAAACUGAUCAUGUGACAAAUAAAGAAGACAGCUUGUCUCUGCAAGUCGCACAAGGUAUGUUCGGUGUCCAGGCUUCUGGCGCCAUUGACAAUAAAAGGGGUGGAAAAGACACUGUGGUUGAUUCAAGUCAACUUGAUGCAGUUGGAGAUCCAACAGGCUUUCAGUCGAGUGAGAAAGCAAUGACAUAUCCAUCUGUUGUCAUGGAUAUGGAGAUUGACAAUCAAGGAGAAACUAGCGAGCCUAAUCCCGCAUCUACCUCUAGUCUGCAGCCGCAAGAUAAUUAUCCCUUAUCAGACAUUUCACUUAAUACUGAGUCACUUAAUAGCACAGAUACAGCAAAUAUGAAAAGGGAUGUGAUACCAACAGCACCGACCGAAAAAAAUGUAGAUCAUGAUGGCGAGCCUCCGGUGCAGUGAAAUAGCAUAAUUAUAGCGGAAUGUGAAUGUGGCUGUAAGCCAUCAGCUGACUGGGCGGUCUUCAUGUUCAUACAGCGCGAUGUAACAAGGAGCUACUAGAGGUUUACUCGAUCCCUUACUACGGAUGGAAAGCAGGACGUUAAGAUUUUCAUCUUUCUUUUAAAAUGCUAAGAUUUAACGUUUUUUAGGCUUAGUAGGGUUAUUACAGUGUUCUAACUUACUCAAGGAUCAAGUGGCCCUGUCUACAAAGGCUCUUACUUUUAGUCGGCGGUGUCAAAUCCACGCUGAUACAACGUAUGGAGUUGAAAAACAAUCUAUUAAAAGAGAACCUCAAGCACAAAAUUAGAAGUUAAAUACCGUUGGUUGCAUCUAGGCUUUGACAUGAGACAAAAAACUGGUUCUAAUAGGGUGCCAGACAUGGUCAACGUGUUUUGCCGCCAAACGUUUGAAGUUCGACAGCCGUUAAAGCAAACUGUCGCACCAAAGGUUAAGUUGUUUACAUGUUUUUGAUGAGCGCGUUCCACUCAUCUCUUAUUUUUUGCAAUUCUCAGCAGUAUUUCUCGCACAGAAACAGCACAUUUGCUUUUAAGAAUUAUUCUUUGGAGUUUUACAACUCCAGAAAUUCUUCUUAACGUUUUGCGAUGAAUAUUUUGUUGAUCGAAAUCAAAUCAAGUCAACAAACAGUUGUCUACGUUGCUCGUGAACAUUCGCCUAACGCCAACCCAAAAUUCAGCAGUUUGGUGGCAAUUAGAACGUGUUUUUUCGUCAUGUGUACACGCCCAGAUGCAACCGACAGUUAAUGGUUUGCCAACAUCGUACAAGGUUUUUCGUCAGGUUAUUCUUGAUAUGAUUUGCUAUAAUAAGAGGCCUUUUUCAAAGUUCUAAAAUUCUUCACGUUCAAAGUGAGGCCAAGUUCAAAACUUGUCACAUGAAAAUGAA